AUGCAUGAUAAGCAUCACCAUUUCCAUUUCAGCCUUUCAAACAUUGCAGCUGAGGUGGACUUGGUUGCAGCCGAACCGGGUUGGGGAAAUUGGUAUUUCUGUGAUGAUUUAGACGCUGCAUGCCUCUCCCUCCCCGCCAUCACUCACCGGCUCUCCAGGUCUGCGGAAGACAAUGAACCGGAUCAAACGCCCUGUCCUGAUGAAGAGGAUAAGGUAUUUUAUGACGUGGAAGACGGAAAUGAGCUCGAGGAUAGAGCGAAUGGCUCCCUCAUGAAGCUGUUGUCCUGCAAUAAGCGUCGGCAGUCCCUCUCAACCCGUCAGCUCCAAGACUUUGCGAAAUGA